ACCUUAGGAACAUUUUUCAGACCCGUCCCUACGACAAGAAACCAGAGACAAAACUUCCCCCUCAGCUAAACAGCAAAGUGACCGUGACUCAGAAUGUCCUGAAAAAGAAGAUCAUGGAGUCUAAGUCGGGACGUUUUAUGGAGAAAGACAAGCGUAUUUUAGAGGAGCUGAAGAGUCUGCACUGUGACCCUCAUCCAUACUGCACGGUUCUACCUUCAGAAUCUGAUUUCAGUUUCUGGAAGAUUCUGCUGAAAGGUCCUCCUGAAACACCGUAUGAGAACGGAGUUUUUGAGCUGUAUUGUGAGUUUGGUGCAGAAUACCCUGUGAAGCCACCAGUAAUGAAAUUCCUCACACCCAUUUAUCACUGCAACGUGAACAGUGUGGGAAGAAUCUGCCACAACAUAUUUGAUCGUAAUUACUCCGCCCAGAUCACCAUGCGGGAGAUUCUGGAUGCUGUUUACGGACUCCUGAUCGCUCCUGAGCCAGAAGAUCCUUUAGACAGUGUCCUGGCAGAGGAGUGCAUGUCCAAUAACAAGAAGUACAAGGAAGAAGCUCGGAAAAACACAAAAAGCAAUGCCAGUAUAUCAAUGCAGGCAGCAGAGCAGAAAUACGCUCCUGAACAGUCGAAAACUGUCGCACCUCCUCAUCUGAUUUGCCCACUGACAAAGAAACUGUUUGUAGAUCCAGUUAAAACGAACGAUGAAUAUACAUACGAACGCCAAGCCAUCGAGGAGCAUAUCAAGAAGUAAGUUCAUUUAUAUAUUU